UGGUUCCCAAACUAUGUCUGGCUCUGACCAGACCCCAAUCUCUACAACAGGAGCAGCAGCAACUACUCCAGCUCAGACGACACAAGGUCCAUACUCUUCCAGUGGCGUGACGUCAGAGCCAGGAUCUCAAAGCUUCUCUGCUUCACCAGCUCCUGCACCAAGCUCCUGGUCCACCACCUACAGUACCACGGUGAAUGUGCAGGCGAAUGUGGUGCAUGACGAUACUGACAAUGAUCUGAUCUCCAGCCUUUUGUCCAACACCUUCGACCCACGGCCUUCGACCACUGAUGAGCCAUCGAUUGAUUACGACUACUACGACAGUACUGAAGGCCCAUCGGAUUUCACGGAUGUAGCCUUCAACUCCGGGGGCAUGUUAUCUGUUCCUUCAUCUUCAUCUUCAUCUACGUCGUCCUUUACAACGCAGCCUGAGCCUCCGCCCAUUACCUUCAAUGCCCUCGGCUUCUGGAAGCCGACCAGACGUCCGAUCGCCUUCAACCGGCUGAAGAACAAGUAUCGUCGGCCUUCAACAACUUCAGCCCCAAGCACCACCACCGAGGCUCCUUCCACUGAGACCGAACCGCUGUGGGUUUCUCCCCCAGCUACAGUCACUACUGUAACACAAGAUUCCCUGCCAGGUCUUCUCGGCACCCUAUUCGCCAGCAUAGUCCGUAGACCCCCCGGCACAGGCCGAAGACCUCCUGGUUCCACUCCGUCCAAGAUUUCUCCACCGGUUGUAGUAGAGGACGGAACAACACCCGUUACUGCACGUCCAGUGACUAGUCAGGAAGGUGUCAGGCCGUGGUACAUCAUCGGACCUGUAAUGACCCCCUCCGAAGACACUGCAACCCAAGGAGUCACGAGAUUCCCUGGUGGAGUGUCCUCAACGCUUCCCAUCGCGUCUUCCGGGACUGUGGCAGCAUCCGGAGCGACUGCCGCUUCAGAGGGCCCAUCUUACAGUACGUCUAAGAUUGCGGUUACGGAGAGUCCGACGACUGUGACGCCUCAGUUCAACAAGUAUGGCUUCUGGAAACCUGAAAAACGUCCUUACCACAACACCCUGCUGAGGUUGAAACAGAAGUAUCGGAGACUGACGUCAGGGGGAAGAGAAGGACGUGCCAAACGUGAUGCUCAUGAAGGUGAUGGAGAUAAUGACAGAAGGACUGAGAUCUCGGAUGAUGUGGAAUACAAUCACGAAAAGAAAGUUUAUCACAGGCACGGCAGGUCUCUGUACGAAGAAACUAUUCAUCGAGAUGGGAAAUCUGAGAUCGACUCUGCCAAGAACCAGGAACAGAUCUUCAAUGUGUUCGAAAACAACACUUCCGACGCCGUGGCUAAAUACAUUCUUUCAAAUCACGCUGCAUACUUCCCCAGUGUCAACCCAGACGACCCCAGUUUUCCCAGCGACGACGUGACAUCAUAUGAUGAUGACCCAACAGCAGACGACGAUGUCACCUCUGAAGUCACCUGUCGACUUCUUGAAAGUGUUGGACGAAGUCUUCACGCCACUCCCGACACACCACACUCAGCCGCUGCUGCUGCUCGCAGCUUCCGAGCCUCCCUUCGCCGCCAGUCCCGUUUGAGGCGCUUCUCCGGCCGCUGCGUCACAGAAUGCUGGCUGGGUACUGUCGGCAUUCUCGGCACCGUCGGAGGUCUGGCAGCGUUGACAAUACCAGUCUACGCUCUUGUGGCAGCAUCUUUGGCGUCAUCAAGCAGCGCGGCAGCUGGAGGAGCUGCUGCAGCUGGAGGUGGAGGUGGAGGAGGAGGCGGAGGAGGCGGAGGAAUUUUCCUCUUCCCUGGAAUCGUCUUCGACGAACCACUGACCGGCCCAGGCACUGCACCAGCUCUAGGAAACGAAACGGGAGUACCCGAGCCCAUCGGACCGGAGGUCGUAGUUCUUCCGCCCGGGUUCUUCCCUGUUCCCGAUGGCGCUGCGCCUCCUGCACCUCCUGCACCGCUGCCUGGUGUUCCGUCAGGUCCUUCAGCACCUUCAAAACCGGCGGCACCAGUGGGUGCGGUGGAUGAUGCACCGGCUCCGCCUGGCUUUGUGCCUGCAGGACCGCCUGGAGCGCCUGGAUCAGCACCAUUUGUUCCAGUAUUUGCCGCUGCUGAGGCGGAGGACUACGACUACGACUACGGCCAGGAUCAGGAGGGAGGCGCCGACUCCGGGUUCUUUUUCCCGGAGGACGAGAGCGCGGGACCUUUCUCUGAGGGACCCUCAGGGCCGCAAGGUCCUCCCGUUCCGCAAAGGCCUCCUCUCAGGGAUAAACCAGAGGCCGGGUAUCCCGACGAAGACUCUACAGACGGCGUGUUGGGUGACAACUUCAGUCCUGACGUCACCGACUGCGGCAACUUCAGACUCUGCAUGAUCCACGCCAGUAAUGGAGAGAGCAGCACCAGCGAGCCCCCACGGUGGUUCUUCUCCACAUACCUCUACGAGGGAAGUUUCGCCGAUCUUUGUCAACAAAUGUCUCGACAUCCUACACAGCAACUCUGCCGGCAGCUGUUCCCUCAUUGUGCCGAGGGCUAUCGUGGAUGGGCGAGGUAGACUGCCAUCUAGUGAGCGUCCAGAGAAGCUGUAGUGAUAGAGGUGGCCGCAAGGCGAAGACAAUGCCUGGAAUUGUGAGUGAUUGGGCCCGUGAAGUUUGAUGAACUGCGGACGAAGAGAAGUAGUUUAGUUCAUAUUUAUCAUGUGUUUUGUUGACGAUUGACAUGUGAUACAAGUGUUCUGAUAAGUGUUAGUUAGCAUUCCGUGGCUAGAAUAAAUGUAGGUACAAAGCUUUCGGAGGCUUAGUAAGGUGACUAAACCUCGGGACAUUUCUAACGGCUGGGUCAACCUGUCAAAGCUGCUAUAUUUUUAACGCAUUGUUACUUUCCAUUGUAAUCGUAGCGAAACAGUAUUUAACACCUUUGAUUGUUAUUGGACACAUUUAGCUAGAAUUUAGAGUGUGCAUAUGGCUCGACAAGUGCCGGUCUGCUUGUUUUAUUGUUAGUUAUGUUGCCAGUUGUUUGUUGUAUGUGAAGAACUGUUGGCAUUUACGGUUGUUUUGCAUUUCUUAUCAACUGUAUGUACAUGUAGCUGAUAGCUCGACGUUUGUUACGCAUUAUUUAUACGCGUUAUUUAUUGUACAUCGACGGUUAAUGGCGUUGUUAUGAUGUUAUCGUGUUACGUUACGUUGCGUAAACGCUCUAUCACAAAAUGUUCAAGUGGCGCAUCUGCCGAGAGUUUAGACUGUCGUUAUCGUCACUGUGUCGAUCAAAUAUAGCGGGCAAUCUAAUGCGAAAGCU